CGCCCGGGCCAGUGCCCGCCGCGGCUCCGCUUCAGCACCCGGUGCCAGCUGGCUCUUUCGUCUGGGACGGAGGCAGAGGCUGGGGGCUUCUUGUCGCUGGGGGGGACCCCCCAUCCCUAUGGGCUCAGCCCUCUACACACUCAAGAAGAGCCGAGUCUCUCCAUUCAGCCUUGCCUCCUGCUGCCCGGGCGGCCCGUCCGACUAGAAACUGGCCGGGUCCACUGCGCCCGGGACUUUCAGUCCUCAGCACCCUGGGGUACCCCUGUCGGAGCUGAAGGGGACUUGCUGCCCCACCUUCUCCGCAGCCUUUUGUUACAGCCUGCACCACAGUGCCAGCCUGAGAAGGAUCAUGAAGGUGGGCUGGCCAGGUGAGAGCCGCUGGGAGGUGGGCCUGGCUGUGGAAGAUGGCCCAGCUCUGGGAGCACCACCUGUGGGGGGUCUCCCAGAUUUGGUGCCAGAGGAGACACUGUUCAACAUGGUGCUGAGGAGGAUGCACCGGCCCAGAAGCUGCUCCUACCAGCUGCUGCUUGAGCACCAGCGCCCCAGUCGCAUCCAGGGGCUUCGCUGGACUCCCCUCACUGACAGUGAGGAGUCCCUGGAUUUCAGCGGGAGCCUAGAGCAGACUUCCACUGAGCGCUUGCUCAGGGCUGGGAGGCAGCUGCAUCGGCAUCUGCUGGCUGCUUGCCCAAACCUCAUCCGAGACAGAAAGUACCACCUCAGGCUCUAUCGGCAGUGCUGCUCUGGCCGGGAGCUGGUGGACGGGAUCUUGGCCCUGGGGUUUGGGGUCCAUUCCCGGAGCCAGGCCGUGGGAAUCUGCCAGGUGCUGCUGGAUGAGGGCGCCCUCUACCAUGUGAAACACGACUGGACCUUCCAGGACCGAGACACCCAAUUCUAUCGCUUCCCCGGGCCGGAGUCAGAGCCUGCGGGCAUCCACGAGAUGGAGGAGGAGUUGGUUGAGGCUGUGGCCCUGCUCUCCCAGAGGGGGCCUGAUGCUCUACUCACUGUAGCACUUCGAAAGCUCCCAGGCCAGCGCACAGACGAGGAGUUGGACCUCAUCUUUGAGGAGCUGCUGCACAUCAAGGCCGUGGCCCACCUCUCCAACUCGGUGAAGCGGGAACUAGCAGCAGUUCUGCUCUUUGAACCACACAGCAAGGCAGGGACUGUGUUGUUCAGCCAGGGGGACAAGGGCACUUCAUGGUACAUUAUCUGGAAGGGCUCUGUCAAUGUGGUGACGCACGGCAAGGGACUGGUGACCACCCUGCACGAGGGUGAUGACUUUGGGCAGCUGGCUCUGGUGAACGAUGCGCCCCGGGCAGCCACCAUCAUCCUUCGAGAAGACAAUUGUCAUUUUCUCCGUGUGGACAAGCAGGACUUCAACCGUAUAAUCAAGGACGUAGAAGCAAAGACCAUGAGGCUGGAAGAGCAUGGCAAAGUGGUGCUGGUGCUGGAGAGGACGUCUCAGAGCGCUGGCCCUUCUCGCCCCCCGCCCCCAGGCAGGAACCGGUAUACGGUGAUGUCUGGCACCCCAGAAAAGAUCCUAGAACUGCUGUUGGAGGCCAUGAGGCCUGAUUCCAGUGCUCAUGACCCAACAGAGACAUUCCUCAGUGACUUCCUCCUGACCUACAGCGUCUUCAUGUCCAGCACCCAGCUCUGUGCUGCCCUUCUACACCAUUUCCACGCGGAGCCCACGGGUGGCAGCGAGCAGGAGCGCAGCACCUACAUCUGCAACAAGAGGCAGCAGAUCCUGCGACUGGUCAGCCAGUGGGUGGCUCUGUACGGCCCCACACUCCACACCGACCCUGUGGCCGCCAGCUUCCUCCAGAAACUCUCAGACCUGGUGAGCAGGGACGGCCGGCUUAGCAACCUGCUGCGGGAGCAGUGGCCGGAGAGGCGGCGACACCACAGGUUGGAAAACGGCUGUGGGAACGCAUCUCCUCAGAUGAAGGCCCGGAUCGUACCUACUUGGCUUCCCGGUCAGGAUGAGCCCCUCCCCAGCAGCACCUGUGCCAUCCGAGUUGGGGACAAAGUCCCCUACAACAUCUUCAGACCAGACCACUCGGUGCUGACCCUGCAGCUGCCUGUGACAGCCACUGUGAGGGAGGUGAUGUCUGCACUGGCCCAGGAAGAUGGCUGGACCAAGGGGCAGGUGUUGGUGAAGGUCAACUCCGCAGGUGAUGCCGUUGGCCUGCAGCCAGAGGCUCGUGGUGUGGCCACAUCCCUGGGACUCAACGAGCGGCUCUUUGUUGUCAAUGCACAGGAAGUGCAGGAGCUGACCCCACACCCUGAGCAGCUAGGGCCCACUGUGGGCUCUGCUGAAGGACUGGAGCUGGUGAGUGCCAAAGACCUGGCUGGCCAGCUGACUGACCACGACUGGAGCCUCUUUAACAGUAUCCACCAGGUUGAGCUGAUCCACUAUGUGCUGGGCCCCCAGCACCUGCGGGAUGUCACCACUGCCAACCUGGAGCGCUUCAUGCGCCGCUUCAAUGAGCUGCAGUACUGGGUGGCCACAGAGCUGUGUCUCUGCCCUGAGCCGGGUCCCAGGGCCCAGUUGCUCAGGAAGUUCAUCAAGCUGGCAGCCCACCUCAAGGAACAAAGGAACCUCAACUCCUUCUUUGCCAUCAUGUUUGGCCUCAGCAACUCAGCCAUCAGCCGCCUGGGCCACACCUGGGAGCGGCUGCCCCACAAAGUUCGGAAGCUGUACUCAGUCCUCGAGAGGCUCCUGGACCCCUCCUGGAACCACCGUGUGUAUCGAAUGGCCCUCACCAAGCUCUCCCCUCCCGUCAUCCCCUUCAUGCCCCUUCUUCUCAAAGACAUGACCUUCAUCCAUGAGGGAAACCACACGCUGGUGGAGAAUCUCAUUAACUUUGAGAAGAUGAGGAUGAUGGCCAGAGCCGCACGGACGCUGCACCACUGCCGGAGCCACAGUAUGGUGCCUCUCUCGCCGCUCAGAAGCCGUGUGUCCCAUCUGCACGAGGACGGCCAGGCUGCGAGGAUUUCCACAUGCUCGGAGCAGUCCCUGGGCACCCGGAGUCCAGCCAGCACCUGGGCGUAUGUCCAGCAGCUGAAGGUCAUCGACAACCAGCGGGAGCUCUCCCGCCUCUCCCGGGAACUGGAGUCAUGAGGAGGGACUGGAGCUGGAGCAGGCACUUCCCACCAGGAAAGCCAGGGCACGCCCGGGCCAUGGGGCCCACAGGCUGGCUGCAGCUGGGCAGGGCUCUCCGCAGAGUGGACUCGAAGCCCUGGAGCAGGCAGCGUGGAGACAGCUGUCCCCUAUGAUGACUCGCGGCCAAGGAGAACCUUGCAAUGGAAUGAGCCAGGGCCCAAGGCCAAGGAAUGGGGGACAGAGAGGCCCUGGAGUGGGUAGGCGAGUGGAGCGGCGCUGGGACUCUGUGUUCAAUAGAGAGCUCUCCACACCAGCUUUUUUCCAGAUUCUGUGCCUUGUGCCUUUGUUGUAUGGCCAUCUCCAGGCCCCUGUGGUUUAUUUUCACAGUGAACUGAGCGUGUGUGCAUGUGUGUGGCAUGUGUGUGGCGGGGAGAGCCCGUUAACUGGGAAAGGGAGGGAUGUGGGGGGCAGGAGCAGUUCUGCUUUUCUUUCUGUGCCUAUGAGAUAAACAGUCGGGUGUGGUCAGGGCUGUCUGUAUGGGAGUGGUGGUCCCUGAGGAGCCAUAACUGAACAGAGAGGGUAUGUUCUGAGGCCAGUCCUUUGGGGGGCAGCAGAGAAGGCCGAGACCACACCCUCUGGCCCAGAAGCUGAGAAAGAGGUGGUGCUGCACUCGAUUGGGCCCCAAGAGGUGCAUGGGACAACCUUUCCACCUCACAUGGUCUCCCGGUCCCCAGAGGGCUCAAAAAUGGAUGCUGCUGGCCACAGGAGUGGCUAGAGCCUAGACCUGUAGGAGGCUGGCCAGGAUCACCCAGACUCUCCACGGUGUCUGAGAGGACAGUUAUGGCCCAGCUGCAGCUAGUGCCUACCUCACUCAUCUCAACCUGUUGGUUUGAGGAAUGGAGGCUUCUGAGUGGUGGCCAGUGGCAGAGCAGAUGCUGAGGCAGAGACUUGUAAGGGGAGCCCAUUCCCUACUGAGGCCUGACAGGCUCCAUGAAGUCAGGCUUUCUCUCAAGAGUGAUGACAAUGGUCCCACAAGCUCUGUCAGUGUCGAGUCCUCUUGUCCCUGCUCUCCAGCAUGUCCCCUGGGAACCAGUUACUGCAAGGCCUCAGGGGGGCUCCCUGGAGGAAGCUCCCGGUGGGGCCAGUCCUCUCUGAGGACAUUCCAGGGUGGGCCUCAGUCCUCUCUGCCCCCUGCCCCCAUGGCCCUGAGCCUGGUAGGGGAAGGUCCAUUGCCUGACUCCUGAGAGGACUGGAGGCCCUGGAUAAGCUCAGAAUAAGCCAGUGGGUGGGGAGCACAGGGCAUGCGGAGGAAGUGCUCCCACACCCAGGGGGAAGGAGGCCCCUGGUGUGGCCCUGCACUUG